CUGCACGUUGACGGUCCGCUUACUUGCGCCCUUUGCUACGAAGUGCUCCUCCCGCCCACGAGCAACAAAGAAGCGCGCACAGUAGAUCGUUGAGGGGCGCUUGACGCGCCGUUAAGAAAAUGUCCAUUUUUAGCUACAAUGGAGCAGCCAUCGUGGCGAUGGCGGGCAAGGAAUGCGUCGCUAUCGGUUCAGAUCUUCGGUUUGGUGUGCAGCUGCAAACAAUGACCUGCGACACUCCAAAGGUCUACAAGAUUCACGAUAAGCUGUACUUAGGACUAUCAGGCCUGCAGACGGAUGCCACCACGCUGCACCAGAAGCUCCAAUUCCGGCACAACCUGUACAAGCUGCGGGAGGAGCGCGACAUGAAGCCCUCCACCUUCGGCCACAUGCUCUCCAACGCCCUGUACGAGCGCCGCUUCGGGCCCUACUUCGCCGCCCCCGUCGUGGCGGGCCUGGAGCCAGAUGGCACGCCGUACCUUUGCGGCAUGGACACAAUCGGCGCCAUCGAGUCCGCAAAGGACUUCAUGAUCACGGGCACCUCGCCCGAGUCGCUAUACGGCAUGUGCGAGAGCAUGUGGCGGCCCGACAUGGAGCCCGAUGAGCUGUUCGAGACGGUGGCGCAGUGCCUCAUGAGCGGCUGCGACCGCGACGCGCUGGCGGGCUGGGGUGCGGUGGUGCACGUGAUCACCAAGGACAAGGUGGUCAGCCGCACGCUCAAGACGCGUAUGGACUGAUGGGCUAGUGGACCAAGGGCAGGGCUCGCGUGUGGGGAGUGGGGGGCGCGUGGAUUAGGGGCGGGAAGCAGGGGCGUGGUGGCGCGGGGGAGGAGCCAGGAGGAGGGAAGGACUUGGAGGAGCGUGUGGUGUCACGGUGCAAUGAGGGGACGGCAAGAAGGCGGGAAGAAGAACGAGGCUAGGGUAUGGGAGUUGUGAUGACGUGUUCUGGUAGGAAGGGACAGAAGCAUGGGUUGCGUGUGUACGGGUGCAAUUAUGCUGUUGUGGCGAGGUCACGUGAUGGGUGUGGUCACGCUCGCGAAUGCCGUGGAACAAGGCCGGUCGGAAGCCAAUUACAGUGGCACGACGCAUGCAUCACAUACAAAGGACAGGAUGGUGUGGUGGACAGCACAGCGUGUGGCCACGUGCGCGAGCGCUUUGCUGGGGUGUUGCAUGCAACCAAGUGCCCGAAAUCACAUCGCCCGUACGGGCUGUAAACUAGGGUAAUG